AUGGGUAACUACUCGAAAGCACUUGAAUUUUAUGAAAAAGCAAUGAAAAUAAAAGAAAAAUCUCUGUCUCCAAAUGAUCCCGAUUUGGCUUUCUCCUACAACAACAUCGGUGGAGUAUAUGACAGCAUGGGUAACUACUCGAAAGCACUUGAAUUUCACGACAAAGCAAUUAAAAUAAGAGAAAAAGCUCUGCCUCCGAAUCAUCCCGAUUUGGCUACUUCCUACAACAACAUCGCUCUUGCAUAUGACAACAUGGGUAACUACUCGAAAGCACUUGAAUAUCACGACAAAUCACUUAAAAUAAGAGAAAAAUCUCUGCCUUCGAAUCAUCCCGAUUUGGCUCAAUCCUACAACAACAUCGGUUUGGUGUAUGACAACAUGGGUAAAUACUCGAAAGCACUUGAAUUUUACGACAAAGCACU